CCACGGUCCAUGCCUCCGCUCCCUUUCUCUAGCAUCACGACUCUCGCCCGCUUGACGCUUGCACCGCCUGCGACCGUUGGACGGCUGCAAGCUUGGCCAUCGCAUCGACACGGCAGCAACGUUCGUUCGCGCAGGCCGCCAGCUGCACGUUUGUCUCGGAAGCACGCCGCUCCCUCAACCGUCAAGACCCAUCCGACCGACCCAGCCGCUUCGCACACGACCCCAGACAGACCCUGCAGCGGCAGUGACGACAACGCGCGCCGUUGACAAACGGUUGGGAGCCAACGUCGACGCCCUGCUCGAGUAUGCCAGCGCUUCAAUUUCCGACGACGUAACUGAGGAUCCGGCCUCUCGUAACGAAUUCCUGACGCAUUCUACUUCUGCCGCCCUCGGGCUACCAUCCACCGUCGACACAAUAAGGGGGUAACCAGGCUGAGGGGCAGCCGCCGUCGCCACCGCCAUGUCGUCCUCGGGCACCGGCUUCCUCGGCCGCUCGAGCAGCAGCAAUGCCAACAUGCGCGGCCUGGUACAGUUUAUUGCGGACCUCAGGAACGCUCGCGCCCGCGAGCUCGAAGAGAAGCGCAUCAACAAGGAGUUGGCCAACAUCCGCCAAAAAUUCAAGGAUGGCAACCUGAGCGGCUACCACAAGAAGAAAUACGUCUGCAAGCUUCUAUACAUUUACAUUCUGGGGUGGAACGUCGACUUUGGCCACCUCGAGGCCGUCAACCUCAUCUCGGCCAACAAAUACUCCGAGAAGCAGAUCGGUUACCUCGCCAUGACCCUCUUUCUUCACGAGAAGCACGAGUUGCUACACCUCGUUGUCAAUAGCAUCCGCAAAGACCUGAUGGACCAUAAUGAGCUGUUCAACUGCCUGGCUCUUCAUGCCAUUGCCAAUGUGGGCGGUCGCGAGAUGGGAGAGGCCCUGAGCGGCGAGGUUCAUCGGCUCCUCAUCUCACCGACCUCGAAGCCGUUUGUGAAGAAGAAGGCUGCCUUGACCCUACUUCGGCUCUAUCGGAAACAUCCCGACAUUGUCUCGCCGCAGUGGGCGGAGCGCAUCAUCCACCUGAUGGACGAUACUGACCUCGGCGUCGCGCUUUCCGUGACCUCGCUGGUCAUGACGUUGGCGCAGGAUAACCUAGAACAGUACAAGGGGGCCUACACCAAGGCGGCGGCAAGGCUGAAGCGCAUCAUUAUCGACGGAGAAUACACCACCGACUACCUCUACUACAAAGUCCCCUGCCCCUGGUUGCAAGUCAAGCUGCUCCGGCUGCUGCAGUACUUUGCCCCUUCUGAAGAUACCCACGUACGGGAGAUGAUCCGCGAGUCCUUGGAAAGAAUCUUGAAUCUCGCCAUGGAGACGAACAAGAACGUUCAGCAAAACAACGCCCAGAACGCCGUCCUUUUCGAAGCAAUCAACCUCAUAAUUCACCUCGACACCGAACACGCACUAAUGAAGCAGAUUUCCUCUCGCCUUGGCCGCUUCAUCCAGAGCCGCGAGACCAAUGUACGGUAUCUAGGCCUGGAGGCCAUGACACACUUGGCAGCGCGCUCAGAGACGCUGGGGCCGAUCAAGCAGCACCAAGAUAUUAUUCUCGGUUCUCUCAAAGAUCGUGACAUCAGUGUCCGGCGGAAGGGGCUUGACCUUCUCUACAGCAUGUGCGACUCGACCAACGCCCAAAUCAUUGUCGGCGAGCUUCUUCAUUAUCUGCAAAACGCCGAUUUUGCCAUUCGCGAAGAAAUGGUGCUCAAGAUUGCGAUUCUCACGGAAAAGUACGCGACUGACGUGCAGUGGUACGUGGACAUUUCGCUGCGUCUCAUCGCCAUGGCCGGGGACCAUGUUAGCGAUGAGGUCUGGCAGCGGGUCAUCCAGAUCGUGACAAACAACGAAGAGCUACAGGUGUAUGCCGCCCAGAAUGCCCUGCAACACAUCAAGUCAGAGCACUGCCACGAAACGUUGGUGAAGAUUGGAGCCUACAUCCUCGGCGAGUUUGGCCAUUUGGUCGCCGACCAGCCGCGGUGUAGCCCGAUCGAGCAGUUCAUGGCUCUCCGAAGCAAGCUUGCGGGCUGCUCCCCGAGCACUCGCGCCAUGAUCCUGUCAUGUUUCGUCAAGUUUGUCAACCUCUUUCCAGAGAUCAAGCCGCAGCUCCUGCACACCUUCGACGUGUAUACGCAUACGCUGGACUCGGAGAUGCAACAGCGAGCAUGCGAGUACUUGGCCCUGGCUAGGAUGCCUACGGAUGAUCUCUUGAGGACUGUUUGCGAUGAGAUGCCACCUUUUCCGGAACGAGAGUCGGCACUUCUUUCUCGCCUUCAUCAGAAACACGCCAACACCAGCGACCGGCGAACAUGGGUUGUUGGCGGCAAAGAUGCCAACGCUGACGGCACCGAGCUGGGCAUGGCCAAGACUGGUAGCCUUAAGAGGACUUUCAGUGCCGCUGUACCCCUGAAUGGCGGCAAGGGGGGCCAUGGCGGCGGCACCAACGGCAACGCGAAUGGCGCCACGGAUCUUGCUGGGCUGGACAUGAAUGCGCCAACGCCAUCCGAGCCCAAGAUGCUCAAGCCACCUAACCUCGCCAGCGCCGCGCAUCUCUCCCCUGGGUGGGAGGCAGGCUUCGAUAGACUCAUCCUGCGGUCGGAAGGCGUGCUAUACGAAGAUGGCCAAGUCCAAAUCGGUGUUCGGUCUGAAUACCGUGGGCAGAUGGCCUGUCUCAUUGCCUACUUCACGAACAAAACUCCUGGGGCCAUGACGUCUUUUACGACGACGCUAGACCUGGACGAAGCCGAGAAAGGAAAGCUCACGUGGGAUGUCAAGAACCUCCCCGAAAGCACCAUAGCCCCGGGAGCCCAGUCUCAGCAAGUGACAAUGUUUGAGUCGAAGAGGGUGUUCGACAAGAGCCCGACGAUUCGAGUCAGCUACCUGGCGGGCGCGCUGCAGGCGCUCACACUGAAGCUGCCCGUAGCUAUUCACAAAUUCAUGGAUCCUGCUGACCUGUCUGCUGAGGACUUCUUCAAGAGGUGGAAGCAGAUCGGCGCAGGCCCUCGCGAAGCACAGGAGAUCUUUGGUCUAGCUCCGGGUAAGGGUAGUGGGAGAGAGAUUACGGAACGGUUCGUCAACAAGACGAUCGAAGGGUUCCGAUGGCGCGUGCUGGACAUGGUGGAUCCGAAUCCCAAGAAUCUCGUGGGGGCCAGCGUGUUGCACACCUCGGAGGGGGGCAAGUUUGGCUGUCUCCUGCGGCUGGAGCCGAACUACGGUACUCAGAUGAUCCGACUGACGAUCCGAGCCACUGACGAGUCGGUCCCAUCUGUAUUGCUCAAACUCAUGCAGGAGAGGCUUUCCGCGGGGCAGUCGACACGUGAACAGCCCGGAAGCCCAACUUUUUCGUGGGAUGCCUAGGUGCUUGUUGUGAGUGUCGUUGCGGCCUGGUGGCGACAGAGAGCCACGACGAGGAGAGAGAAAUGGAUCGCGGGAAAAGCACUUGUGGCGCGUUUGAGGUCUAGGAUGAUGGGCGGCGCGAGGGGCGUAUGCAUUGAUGCCUGGGGCUGGGGGAGUCGUCGGCACUGGUGGAACAUGAGUUGGGGACGGAAGGACGCCAGGUCGGUAGCAUCGAGACGCGAGGAAAGUCACGGCGCAGGUACAGACGGAAUUGCACUCCGGCGAAUUCGAGGAAGCGAAAGCCGCCAUGACACCCGCGAGACACAUGCCAACAUGUCGGUUGCUGCGCCCGCAGAAUAGCUGCAGUCAACGUGGUCCAGGACCAGUCCGAGCCGGACAGGCGCUUAAUACAUUUGGAUGAAAUCUAUCAUAUACAUUAUUAGGUUCUUUG